AUGGUUACGGAAGAUUAUCAUCCGGUAAUCUAUCUAAAUUGUGGUGGAUUAUCUACAAAUUUCGUUGAAGUUCGUCUUCUUGUAGAAACCCUGAAACCAAAACUGGUUAUGAUCAAUGAAACACACGUCACUGAAACCAUAGGAGAUGAUCAUUUCCAGAUCAAUGGAUACAAAAUAAUAAGUUGCUACUCGGACUCAAGACAUACCGGUGGUGUCAUGAUGUACGUCCAUUCUAGCUUGAGACAUCGACUAAUCUUCAGAGAGCAAGCCGACAAAAACUGGAUCGUGGCGAUUGAGAUCCUGAAUGGUAUGAAGCCCGGUCAUUAUGGAGUCUUAUAUCAUUCACCGGGAGCAAGCGAUUCGAUAUUUCUGCGAAUUUUGGAGGAUUCGUGGUUGGAAGAAAUCGUUGAUCUGUCCAAAUUCACACUACUUGCUGGCGAUUUCAACAUCAACUGGUUCAAUUCACGAGAUGCUUCCCAGUUAAAGCUUGUGGCUGAAGCGCAAGGACUCAUGCAACUAGUCCAACAAUGCACACGUAUAACCCGUACUAGUCAAACAUUAAUUGACCUAAUAUUCUCGAACUGUGAUAUCAAUGUUUGUGUUGUACCGGAUUUUAAGAUAUCUGACCACGAAACUUUGUGUGUGUCUCUUGACGGUAGCUUGGACAAAGUUGAUGAAACUAACGUGAAAAUUAAGUGUUGGAAAAACUAUAGCCGUACUGCCCUUUUGAAUUUAUUAAGGGAAAAAUUGUCAGAAGUAGUGAGUUUAAACAACUUCCAUGAGAAAGCUAGCGGCUUCAUUGAAGUAAUGAAAAUAUGUGUUAAUCAACUAGUGGUUGUCAAGUUUGUUAAAUUGAAAAACACAAACAAGUGGUACACCGUAGAGUUACAGCGAAUGAAGCGAAAACGAGAUGCUACAUAUAGAAAAUUCCUCCAACAACGCUCUGACCAAGCUUGGCAAACAUACAAAGUCCACCGGAACGAAUAUGCAUGUACACUGAAGAGAACAAGGCAUGAAUACGUGCAGCAAUCGAUAGAAGUAAACAAACAUAACACCAAAGAGCUAUGGAAGAUCUUGAAAAAAAUGAUCAAACCUAAGCUAGUCCACCCUCAAGCUAUUAACUUUAAUGGAGAAGAAGUGAGUGACGAGCAGGUCAUUGCUGAAAAGUUCAACGAAUAUUUUGUGAGUAGCAUCGAGGAUAUCAGUGACUCAAUAGAUGAGGUAGACGAACCAUUAGAACUGACAGAAAAUUUCACUGGUAGUAAGCUGUCGAAGUUUCAAUCAAUCACUCUUGAAAAACUCAAAACGGUGGUUUGGUCGCUGGAGGAAAAAUCAGGAUCUGAUGAGAUCAAUUCCAGAAUCUUGAAAGAUGCAUUUGAAGCUAUUGAAGUACCCCUGUUAAAUAUUAUAAACGACUCUUUGGCCACUGGAAAUGUACCUGACUCAUGGAAAGAAUCGGUGGUAGUGCCCAUCGAGAAGGUGAAUGGAACAGUGAAAGCAGAAGAACAUCGCCCGAUAAACAUGCUUCCAGUGUACGAGAAAGUGUUGGAGCUAAUCGUCAAGGAACAGUUGCUGGAAUACAUUGUAGUAAACGACCUUCUAGUUCCUGAACAAUCUGGAUACCUGAAAAAGAUUGCGAAGAAGUUUGGAGUUCUCUGUCGACUAAAGAAAGAUUUAUCGCAGUGGAGUUUGAUUCACUUGUACAAAGCCCUGAUAUCACCGCACAUAGAUUUCUGCCCAUCAAUCUUGUAUCUCGCCAAUGAUCAGCAAAUGCGUCGCCUCCAGAAAAUCCAAAACAAGAUCAUGCGUAUAAUCCUGCAAUGCAAUCGAAGGACUCCCGUUCUGUUGAUGCUUCGAACACUCCAAUGGCUCUCAGUAAAGCAACGCGUGACGUAUCUCACGCUACUACUGAUACACAAAAUUGCAAAAGGUUCAGCGCCAGCAUACUUGACGUCCAGGAUAAUAAGAGGAAGGGACAUCUACCGAUAUAGUACAAGAUCUGCUAAUAACAUCCGUACGGCAUCGUUUCUGCUAGCAAGCACUCAGAAUUCACUGUUCUACAAAGGGAUAAGGCUUUAUAAUAUGCUACCGGUACAAAUGAAAGAAGCUAGUGUGAAUGAGUUCAAACGGAAUUGUGUGACAUUUGUCAGAACUAAUGUGGCUUUGUAA